AAAUUACCUACACCUUUCUGAUAGACCGGAGUCGCUUGAGCCUAUUUCAGAUAAGUACUUUGAAGGAAAAGGUACGUGGGCACUUUUAUUCAUUUAUCAACGGUGGCGCUUCCCCUACAAUAUAUAAGAACAAGAGCUGUGCGUCACAUUCGACGCUCUUACGGUUUAAGUCUUGGUAGGAAAUUUGGUAAUAAAUUUAGAGAAACUUACAGGCAGUAAUUUAACUGCAUCUAUAGGCCUUUAUUAAUUGAUUAUGGAUACUAAAGAAUUUCGAAUACGAGGAAGGGAGAUGGUCGACUAUAUUGCCGAUUAUCUGGAGACGAUUUCAACUAGAAGGGUUCUUCCAGAGGUUCAACCUGGCUAUUUAAGAUCGAUGUUACCAUCAAGACCGCCAAGGAAUCCGGAAAAAUGGGAAGAUAUUAUGAGGGAUGUGGAAAAAGCCAUCAUGCCUGGGCUAACCCAUUGGCAACACCCACGCUUCCAUGCUUACUUUCCAGCCGGAAAUUCUUACCCAUCCAUCCUUGGUGAUAUGCUAAGUGAUGCCGUAGGAUGCGUCGGUUUCUCCUGGGCAGCUAGUCCAGCCUGUACAGAGCUGGAAAUAAUUGUUUUGGAUUGGGUCGCAAAAAUGAUAGGCUUACCUAAAUGCUUUACUCAUGAUAGCGGUACUGGAGGAGGUGUACUACAAGGUUCAGCUAGCGAGUGUGUACUUGUUAGUCUGUUAGCCGCUAGAUACGCAGCUAUACAUGAUCUUAAGAAAAAGUUUUCAUUCGUUGACGAGGGUCUUCUGCUCUCUAGAAUGGUUGCGUAUUGUUCCAAAAUGGCUCAUUCCUGUGUUGAAAAGGCGGGUAUUAUAGCUAUGGUCAAAAUGAGGGAAUUGGAAACCGAUGGUAGUUAUUCGCUAAGAGGCGAUACUCUGGAGAAAGCGAUCGAAGAAGAUCGAAAGAAUGGUCUUAUACCAUUUUACGUGUGCGCUACCCUAGGUACAACUUCUGUCUGCUCUUUUGAUAAUUUACCAGAAUUGGGUAAAGUUUGUGAGAAGGAAAAUCUUUGGCUUCAUGUGGAUGCCGCCUAUGCGGGUUCGGCGUUUAUUUGUCCAGAGUUUCAAUCUUUAUUAAAAGGUGUAGAGAAUGCUAAUUCAUUCAAUAUGAAUCCGAAUAAAUGGAUGUUAGUGAACUUUGAUUGCUCGACAAUGUGGGCCAAAGAUAAAAUGGUUCUCACUCAGGCUCUAACUGUAGAUCCAUUGUAUCUCCAACACCAUCAUUCAGAUAAAGCUGUUGAUUUCAGACAUUGGGGUAUUCCAUUAAGCAGACGAUUCCGGUCGCUCAAGUUAUGGUUUGUUAUACGUUCUUACGGAAUCGACGGUUUGCAAAAAUAUAUCAGAGAACACUGCAGAUUGGCAAAGAAAUUCGAGCUCCUAGUUAGAAAAGACGAACGCUUCGAAGUAUUGGGAAACGUUAGAAUGGGCUUAGUAUGUUUUAGGUUGAAAGGUUCCAAUAUUAGAACCCAAACUCUUUUAAGGGCUAUAAACAUGUCCGGUAAACUGCAUAUGGUUCCAGCUCUGCUUAACGAACAUUACGUAAUUCGCUUUGCGAUUUGCGCCCAAAACGCUUCGGAAGACGACAUAAUCUUUGCUUGGCAGGUUAUUAGCGCUAUGGCCUCUGAAGUACUUGCUGCAGUUGAUUCGAAUUUGGAGAAGGAAGGUUUUGAACUGGAAAGAAAUAACGUAGAGGUGAAAAAUGAAAAGAAUAUGGACGAGAGAAGACGAGAAAAAGACGUUGAUAAAUAUUCUUCAUCAUCACCAGAACUUAGCGAAGAAGAAAUCGAAGAAGAGUUCUUAUACGAUGCCAAUAUACCAUCCAUUCCAACUAGAUACGAAGGUUCUGGGCAUUCACCCAAUCCUCUACGGCGUCGAAAUAUGUUAGUUAGAAUGAUUUCGGAUCCAAAGAGCUAUAAUAGCAAGGUAACAAGAAGAACAUUAAAAAAGGUACGAUAUCACACAAUUGAUUAAUGUUUAUUGUAACAUUGUUUUUUCUGAUAAUCGAAAACAAACAAACAAACAAACAAACUAAUAUGAUACCUUUUUUUCUUUCUUUUUCGUUUAUUUUUCGAUGUUGUCCACUAUUUAAAUUGACAUUUAAAAACGAUCAUUGAUUAAUUAGUGUUAAUUUUUAAAGAUUUAAUUAUAACGGUAGUCAUCAGUUUUAAAUAUGUAUAAGAAAUAUACAAGAAAAACGAAAGAACGACUUGAAACGUUUUAGCUACAAUACUUUAUACUGAAUUUGUAGAAUACCUUCUCCUAGCAGCAAAAUGCGGUUAAUGGCUUCGCGAAUUUCCCCGUUUGAAUUCUAUUUCGUUGAAUUUUGCAAGCAGGUCUACAAAAGUUCGAAUAAUGUUGAAUCUUAUCAAAUUUGUUCAAUUUAACAAUAGGAAUUUUUAAAUGACAAAAAUAACAUUCGAUUUCAUUUGUACUAUAUAUGUAAAGUCCAUCUUAUAAAUAACUAAUUCUCUUCUGUCCUGACAAGGUCAUAUCUCUACAGAUAAAUAUCUUUAUCAACCAAGGUCUUUUAUUUUUAAUAUAUCUUUGAAAUAUUAUUACGUAGUAUAUACAUAUCAUUGAUAGCGAAAAUCAGUUAAAGUUUGAAUGGAUUCAUCGGAGAUAUUGCUUGUUUCGAAAAUCGUUUAUUCUUUUUACAAUUUUUAGUGAUCGAUAAUAAAUUUAAUUGAUAUUUACAGCUUCAUUGUCUUUACAUGAAAAUUAGAUAGAAAGCAUGGUUAGCAAUGAAAGAAUGCCGGCGAAUCAAGUAGGCCGUAUCAAGAUAUGCGUAUAUUUUUCAAAAUUGUCCAAUAAUCCGCAAGGAGCGUAGAAAUAAGAAUUUUUAGAUACAACUGUCAUCUCGGACUUAUCAUCAAACCAUAGUCCUUUGCUUACUAUACGUUUAAUAUAGGUUAAAUUUCUCUUUUCCGGAUAAUCUCCCCAUCUUGGAAAGUCACCGUUUUGAGCAGAAACCAAUUUAACUCUUUUUCGCUCUAACGAAACGCACCACGAGCAAUGCCAACCGCUUGGAUGACUUUUAUUACCAAAACUCCAAACUCCUAUAAGGCUUUUUGACCCUUCAUUUUUUUUCAUGACUAGGUAAGCGUUUAACUUUGACGAUUCCUUUUGCAUAUAAUGGGGAGCUGAUCGAAUCCAGAUACCAUUUAGAGAGAAAACAUGAGUCAAAAAACCGAUGGUUGUCGCAGUGAUUACGUGUGUAAUUCCUCUACCAGCUUUAUAAAAGAAACCGUAAGUUCUCCAACUCAAAUUAAUGCCAAUUGGUUCGGGAUAAUCUUUAUUAACCUUGAGAAAAAGUGCGGUGCUUCUCGUGGGAAGCUCAUCGGCGUCAUUCAACAUGAAAAUGUCAUCAUGGUCAAGAUUUCUUAGCUGGUUUUGUAUACCUUGUUUAGCUAAGUGAUUCCUGAGGAGGUUAUCAACAGCCCAGCCAUUUUUAUAUCCCUCUUGAGGAAAAUAAUCGAGUAAAACGUGAACAAUUUUCUCCCUAUUGAUAAAUAAUAUAAAAGUGUACAAGUAUAUUUGUAUCAUCUAAUUCGCUAAACAUUUUUCGCUAAUCCAAAAAUCAUACACUUACCUAUAUUUCUUAUACUUUCCUCUUUUUAACUGAUUAUAUAAAUAUAGAGGUUUCUUUUCACCAUAAGCAGUAUAAGUACUCUCUAGGAUAAGAAACACAUCAACAAUAUCACCCAAUUCAGAAAAUCUGGCGUCCAGUAAUUCAAAUUCAACACUGAAGGGAAAGGCGUUGACAAUUUUUCUAUUUUUCUCUGCAGCUGUAAUAUAUUUCCUUCUUUGACUGUAAAAUGAUAAGGGAAAAGAAAUUUAUUAUUUUGCAUAAAAUAGAUAUUUGAAAGUUGACCGUAUAUUAGAAUACCAAACAGU